AUGCAGCACCCGACGCUCACCAACGUCCGCAUCCGCCACACCAACGAUGCCCGCCACAUCUUCUACGCCGUCGCGCGCAACAUCCUCCCCAUGACCACCCGCAGGCUCGACGCCGAGGAGCGCAGGGCUAUCGCCUCGGGCUGCGUCUACGUCUGGGAAGAGCGCUGCGCCAACUCCGAGCCACUGGUAUGGGCAUGGAGCGCUGGUGCGACCGACGGUAUGGGCUGGGGUCCUAGCCGUGUCCGCGACGAGUUCCUCUUUUACCAGCAGCGCGAGAACGAACCCUCCGAAGAUCCCAACAACCCCUCUGCACGCUGGGCGAGCAUGAUGAGGAAGUCCAAUGCUCGCGGCGCUCUCCAUUUCUCGAGGUCAGAGGCCGACCGCCUCAUCAAGCAGACAUACAGCGACAGGCCACGAGGCAUCACUCGCAAGUGGCACCUCACUGCAUACUUCAGUCAAACGACGCUUGACAACCUCGGCACCAUCGAUGGCUUGGUCAGUGACAUUGGCGCUGCCACUCACGAGCCGUGGGGCAUCAGCAUGCCACCCCCGACAGCCAUCCCAUACAGCGCAGAGCCACAGAAAUGGCGAACUGGGUCGCCACCUCCCCGCCACUCCGCACCAUUCGCACCCCCUCAGCGUGCGUACCCCACGCCACGCAGCUCGUACGAGUCCGCGGGAUCGCCCCACUACACCCCCACCGCCGUACACCGCGUCCCUCCUCCACCUCACCAGGGCCACCUGCCGAACAUUCACGACAGCGGCCUUACGGUUUACCGCGACGCGUCCCCUUACACCCAUUCGUCGUCGUCGUCAUCCGAUCACAGCACAUCUCCCCGGACUUUCUCGUCGCCACUCACGCCGCCGUCGAACGUCUCGCUGACGUUGUCCGUCAAGGAGCUCGCAGCGCCGCCGUCGGGUCCCAAGCUUGUGCCGAUCGAGUACCUGCAGGGUCUUCAAGCGCAAGGUCGGCGAAGAGACCCGAUGGACGAGCUCUACCUGAAGCGUUUCGCGGCGCCGGAGAGGAGCAGCCGCCGCGACUCGUGGAACGGUGCGGGCUCGCCAUAUCAGUUCGUGGACGACGAGGCCAAAUCCGCACGGGUUCGUGAUGGCGGCGCGCGGUGGUAA